AUGUCAGACGAUUAUAUCUUAGACGCACAGUACAAAGAGACUAAAGCUAUCAGAGUAGGAGUGACAAGAGCACUUUUAAUUUUAUUGCCAUCUAGCAUAGUUGUUACACUUCAACCAGCUUGUAAUUAUCAAAUAGAUUAAUUAGUAUUAGACUUGGUGCAGUAAAUGUUUGAAUUGGAUGUCUUGGAGUAUAUUUUUAUGUUUGUGGCAUGCUCAUUAAUUUCAAUAUUGACACUAUUAUAUACGUAUGGAAACUUCAUGAAUGACAAAGGGGAGCAGUAAAUUAAAAAUCUUAUUUAUAUUUCAAUUAGAAUCUUGAAGUCAAGACAAGGAGACCUGAUAAGUCUCUCUGGAUCGGAUAACAAAAGGAAGUAGAAAAAUGUGUCUGCAAAUGAGAAUCAAGAAGAUAUUAAGGCAAAUCAGUAAAUGAGACUCUCCAUAAUGAAAGAAAUAAAUUAUGAAUCUACUCUAUAUGGACUUUGGCUCGUUAACUUAGUUUAUAUCUUCUCGUUCAUCUUUAUGAGUUUCGUUGUUUUGAGAUUCUGGUCAACUGGAUUGUAAGUAUUUUAUGCAGGUAACUUCAUUAAUUAGAAAUUAUUAUGGGUCAACAAUUGGUUCUGCAUUCUUGACAAGUUAUCUCGCCUCAGUUUUCAUUUCUACUUAAUGAAAUUAAUUCAAUUCCUUAAUUAUUGA